AGCGCUGCGGCGACGGCGGCGGCGGCGGCGGCGGCCGAGGCCGGGUCUGAGGAGCGGCCCGGAGCCUAGACGUUGGUCAGGGGGAGGGGCCCGGCCGGGCGGCCGGCGGUGGUUACUCGAGCGCCGCGGCUGCAGGCCCCCCGCCGCUGGGAUGGACCGCCGAGGCGGCGGUCGGGGCGGCGGAGGCGGAGGCGGUCGGCCCGGAUAAGAUAUUCCAAGUCCCUUGCAGUGCUCUGCAGAAGAAAAUUAUGAGUGCUCUGUUCUUACCAUGAUACCAAUCCUGUUUGACAUGCCUUGGUGCUGUGACACUGCAAGAAUUGCACACAGGCUCCAGGAAUGUUUUUUUUCACUUAAGUAGUUCUCUGUGGAUGGAAAGAGAUUUGAGUCUUAAUAAUUACCUUGUUUUAAAGCUAUUUCUCUAUAGUCUGAACUGCUUGGGGCCACUUACCAAUGAGCCACACAGCCAGUUCUUCUCAGGAGCUGGUUGAAAACUGUGCUGUGCAUGUAGCAGGGAUGGCACAAGAAGACAGCCGUCGUGGUCAGAUGCCAUCUACUUUUUAUCAUGGUGCCAACCAAGAACUUGACCUGUCCACCAAAGUUUAUAAAAGGGAAUCAGGAAGCCCUUAUUCUGUGUUAGUGGACAACAAGAUGAGCAAACCACAUCUCCAUGAGACAGAAGAGCAGCCAUAUUUCAGGGAGACAAGAGCAGUGUCUGAUGUGCAUGCUGUCAAAGAAGACCAGGAGAAUUCUGAUGACACAGAAGAAGAAGAGGAGGAGGAGGAGGAGGAGGAGGAGGAGGAAGUCUCUUACAAAAGGGAGCAGAUCAUAGUGGAGGUAAACCUUAAUAAUCAAACGUUAAAUGUAUCUAAAGGGGAAAAGGGUGUCUCUUCUCAGUCCAAAGAGACUCCUGUUCUUAAGACGAGCAGCGAGGAGGAAGAGGAAGAGAGUGAGGAAGAGGCCACUGAUGACAGCAAUGACUAUGGAGAGAAUGAAAGGCAGAAGAAAAAGGAGAAGCUAGUAGAGAAAGCCAGCGUUACACAAAGGCGAACACGGAGAGCUGCCUCUGUUGCAGCAGCUGCCACUUCCCCUACUCCCAGAACUACAAGGGGGCGUAGGAAGAGUGUAGAGCCACCCAAGCGUAAGAAGCGGGCCACAAAGGAGCCCAAAGCACCAGUCCAGAAAGCUAAGUGUGAAGAGAAAGAGACUUUGACCUGUGAGAAGUGCCCCAGGGUGUUUAAUACUCGCUGGUACCUGGAGAAGCACAUGAACGUAACUCACAGGCGCAUGCAGAUCUGUGAUAAAUGUGGCAAGAAGUUUGUCCUGGAAAGUGAGCUGGCCCUUCACCAGCAAACAGACUGUGAAAAAAACAUUCAGUGUGUUUCCUGUAACAAAUCAUUCAAGAAACUUUGGUCCCUUCAUGAACAUAUCAAGAUUGUCCACGGAUAUGCAGAAAAGAAAUUUGCCUGUGAAAUCUGUGAGAAGAAAUUCUACACCAUGGCCCACGUACGGAAACACAUGGUUGCACACACAAAAGACAUGCCAUUUACAUGUGAAACCUGUGGAAAGUCAUUCAAACGCAGCAUGUCGCUCAAGGUGCACUCUUUACAGCAUUCUGGAGAAAAGCCCUUCAGAUGCGAGAACUGUGAUGAGAGGUUUCAGUACAAGUACCAGCUCCGCUCCCAUAUGAGUAUCCACAUUGGGCACAAGCAGUUCAUGUGCCAGUGGUGUGGCAAGGACUUCAACAUGAAGCAGUACUUCGACGAACACAUGAAAACACACACUGGAGAGAAGCCCUUUAUCUGUGAAAUAUGUGGCAAAAGCUUCACCAGCCGCCCCAACAUGAAGAGGCACCGCAGAACUCACACAGGCGAGAAGCCCUACCCCUGUGAUGUGUGCGGCCAGCGCUUCCGCUUCUCCAACAUGCUCAAGGCACACAAGGAGAAGUGCUUUCGGGUGACCAGCCCUGUGAACGUGCCGCCCACAGCCCAGAUCCCACUCACCUCUGCUCCAGCUGGCCCUGUCCCUUCUGUCCCUUCCGCAGUGAGCACACCGGCAAGCCCAGCCCCUCCAGCCAGUGUGAACCCAGUGGGCUCUCUUCCCCCUCGGCCUGUUCCCCACCCCUUCUCGCACCUGCACAUCCACCCUCACCCUCACCACCCACACCACCUUCCUAUCCCUCCAGUCCCUCAUCUGCCCCCACCGCCAGCUCUCUUCAAGAGUGAGCCUUUAAACCACAGAGGCCAGAGUGAGGACAGCUUUCUGCGGCACCUGGCUGAGAAGAACAGUUCAGCACAGCACCACUAACACCACCUCAUAAGUGCAGUCUCCCAGCGUUCCCACGGUGAGUCUCCUGGCGAGAGGGAGCUGGUGAGCAGCCACAGUUCUCAGGCUCUCCUCCAACUCCUUCAGGGCUUUGCCACUGCGUUGGUACAUCAACAGACCCAAGGAAAUGAACCAGAAGAUGACCUUAUAACUCUUAGGGGGAACUAUCCUCAAAUCCAGGGGAACCAUGGCACUAAAGCCCAAUUUGCUUGCAUUUUCUGAUGACUUUUAUAAAUUUCAGAUUCCCAGACUUGUGGGUUUUUAUAAUUUCAUAUCAGCUGAUGAGAUAUGCUUGCUUUUAUAUCCUGGACUUCUCCUCAAAGAGGGGAUAGGCCUGGUUUUCCUUUGUAUUAAUCGGGAAGGCUGUGAGAUUAAUCCAGAGCAUUAAUUGUAUCACUGUGUAUUGUAAUUAAUUCUUUUCAGCUUUGGUGCUGGCUACAGAGUUGAGCUGGCCAUGUUUCACAGUAUAUCAAGCAUUAUAGAGAAAGAUGGAAGUUUUCUUCUUUGUGUAGCUCUCUUAACACUUUAUUUUACUACAGAAAUUAUUUUAGAGUUUUUGUAUAGACUUCAUUAGUAGUCUGUUUCUAAAAUGAAAUGUAUUUCAAUAAGCGGUGUAAUUUUUUUCAGUGUAGCUGAACCUAUGUUGUAAAAUAGAAAAAUUUUUUAUAAUCAUCAAAAUGUGAUUCUUAAAGAUGCAUAUAAAACUUCUAUAAUUCAAAGUUAUUCUUAAAUCCGUACAACUCAAAGGUGCUUCAGAGACUAGGUGUAUCUAAGGGGGUCUCCAGACCAGGUCACUGCAGAAAUGAAGUGUCACUUUCAGGACAUGGCGUAAGUACACAGUCAUGUAAAAAAAUCUCUGCUCAGCACUCAGAUGUUGGUCAGGCUCACUGAUGUGCUGCUACCCUCUGGGUUCUUUUGGGGCUCUGUUCAUGCAUUAAGUGGGCUGAUGGACAGGGAAUCAGGACCCCUUUGGGGAAGCCACCUAAUGAUUGGCUGGUUUGAAUUUGUGUGAAGUAGUUCACUGAAGAAGGAAGUACUGGAGAUUUUUUCCUUUCAGUCACAUCUGUUUCUUACUUCCCUUAGGAGCUGUGUUCAUGUUUAACUUUUAGGAAAGACAGAUUGGAGUCUAUUGUUUGAGGUUGCUUUAUUUUUCUAGAAUUAUUACAAGAAGCUAACAUGUUAGACUGAAAUCACAAACAUGAUACAAACUGGCAGUGGCUGAGACAUUCA